UUCCUUUGCCUAAGGCUGCAGAACCCUAGUCUCACUUCUACAGGAACAUUUCCUUAUUUGAGAUUUGUUGUAAGUGCCAGCUCCCAACUGGGACUGACUUCUGAGAAUGACACAUAACUACAACAUUUGAUGUAGAAAAUGCAGCUUAAUCACAAGGGACUUGUGAGGGCAGGAUGCAUUUUAUAUUGGACUGCGGGUUAAACUGGGCUAGGAGCUGUGAUAGUUGCAAACCUAGGGACAAUAGUAGAAUGCAAACAGACAAAGGAAGGCAUGAAAAUAUGAGAAUAGGAGAAAGUUAAAUAAGAAAGGUAAAAAGACAAAAAGAAAACCCUAAAAAUAUCUUUAAAAGCAAGGCUAUCAGCUGGGAAUUGGUUAAGGGGAAGGAAGGAUGCAACUUCCUUUUCAGUUGUUAGGUUCUCUUUUUUUUUUUUUUUUUAUGUCUCAGAAGUUUUCAUAGUGCCAGGGCUGAUUUUCUGGGCUAAGAAACUGAAGACCCAUAUGGAGCAUUUCUGAGCUCCCAGGAAUUCUGAGGUUAUUGCCAGUGUUUCCAGUGUUUAACACAGCCUUCUUUUAUGGGCAGAGGGUGAAUGAGCUGAUGGGAAAGCCUCAGUAACCUAUUGGUGUCACCCCCUGGAAACAAGGACCUAAAAGGACCACAUCUUAUGUGGCAAAACUAAGGACAGGGUCAGUGAUCACACUGUGAUUAAAUGGCAUCAGAAGUCACCUAUGCUGAGGUGAAGUUCAAGAAUGCAUCACUGGCUGCAGUGGUUGAAGCACCUCCUGAGACGAAGAAGUGUGAGCACCACCCCCAGAAAUACCCACCAUGGCUCCCAUGGCUGAUCUCACUGUUGCUCCUCUUGACAUGCAUUGCCCUUGUUGUUGUUCUCCUUGUGGCUCCCUUCUCCCACAGCAGUGACCAGCCCACAGCCCUGCAGGAGAAAUUCACGGCGUGGGAUUGCAACUCAGCGGUGUCAGAAAACAAAGGCCGAGGCUGGAUGUGCUGCCCGAAGGGCUGGAGAAGGUUUCAAAACAGCUGCUAUUUUGUGUCCCUUGAUAUGAUGUCCUGGGCUGAGAGUGAGCAGAACUGCACUGGGAUGGGCUCCCACCUGGUGGUGAUCAACAGUGAGGAAGAGCAGGUUUUCCUCUCUGAACAGAUAAAACCAAUUCUAAAAGCAGAAAAUUUCUACAUCGGUCUGAGAGCAGAGAUUGUGGAUCAGUGGCAGUGGGUGGACAAGACUCCCUAUAAUGUAACAGCAGCGUUCUGGCGAAGAAAUGAACCAAGUGAAGGUGAUCAUGAGAAGUGUGUUGUAAUGCAUAGGUAUUCGGAAAUACCCAACAACUGGAAUAAUGUCAGAUGUUCGAAGUUUUCUUGGAUUUGUGAAGCUGCUGCCGUAACUCUGUGAUGGAAAUACCCCCAUCCUUAGUAAAAGUGGGAGAUGAGCAGUGAGCUGAGACCGGCACAGGGCUGUGCUGGAGGGGUGGGGAGCCCUGAAGCCUGCAUCUUCACUGUGCUGCGUGGGAUAAUGGAAGUGGAAGUGAUACGACCCUUUGUCCAGCAUCCCCAGUGCAUCAAGGGGCUGAGGGAACACUUAAAGGCUGAGGGUCAUCAAAGCUGGUCCCGUGUUCUUGUGUCCUCUUCUCUCUGAGUGGGUCCAGAGGCCACUGGCAGAAAAGACAUGGAAUUCUUCAGGAAGAAGACACAGGAAUGGAAGACAGAUGUCCUGAGCUGCAUUUUCUUUCUCUCCUUCAACAGAAGUCUCUGCUUUCUGUUGAGUCACACGCAGAAUGUCCUCCAGUUGCACUGGUUUUGUUGAACAAGUUCUGAAAUUUAUGCAAGAGAAAAUACAGUAUUAGACCAACAAAAAAGUCU